CAGGGACGAUGGCGGCGACCUCCUGGACUCUAGAGCGCCUCACCGCGGCCGGCGCCGACGUCGAGGCUCUCCGAUCUUCUUGCAGUGACAAGGCGGCGCUGCACGAGCAGCUCAAGGCUCUCGGCGUGGCCAAGCUCGGUGACCGGCUCCGUGUGGCCGAGCUGCUGCAGCGGAAGGCGCCGGCGCCGGCGCCGGCUGCUCCUCCUCCGACGGCGCCGCCGCCGCCGGCUGCCGCGCCCGGCGGUUGGAGCGUCGCCCUCGAAGGCAUGGUCGACCUCGUCGGCGACGGCGGCGUGCUCAAGCGCGUGCGGCGCGAGGGCGCGGCGGGUGGCGACCGCCCUCCCGUACCGAGCCGCGUCAAGCUCCGCUGGGUCGGGCGCCUCGCCGCCGACGGGAGGCGGUUCGAGUCGGGCGUGGUGGAGACGGCGCUCGGGGACGGCCUGCUCGUGCGCGGGCUCGAGCGCGGUCUGCGCUCGAUGGCGCGCGGCGAGGAGGCGUCCUUGCUGCUGCGGCCAGAGUACGCGUUCGGCCCAUCUGGCCGCCCCGCCGCCGGGGAAGGGUUCGCGGACGUGCCUGGAGGGGCGUCGGUGAUGUUCGAAGUCGAGCUGAUCAGCUGGACGGCCCCGAAGCGCGAGGUGUGGGAGAUGGGCGCCGGCGAGGUGCUGGACGAGGCGGCGCGGCUCAAGGCGUCCGGCGGCCAGGCGGUCGGCGCGAAAGACUACACCGGUGCGCUGGCAGCGUACCGGGCUGCGGCGCGGCUGCUGCUGGACGAGGCGCCGCUGGAGGGGUACGCGUCGCUCGGCGAGCUGCGCGCCCCCGCGGGGAGGGAGGAGGAGGCGCGCCAGCUGCUGGUGGCGUGCCGGCUCAACGAGGCCGCCUGCUGCCUGCGCUGCGACGAGUGGGCGGCCGCCGCCGCCGCCUGCGACGCCGCCGUCAGCCGGCUCUCGGACCCUCUUGGGGCGGAGGCUGAGGCGAACGUGAAGGCGCUGUUCCGGCGGGCGAAGGCGCGCUCGCGCUCGUCGGACUUUGGCGCGGCGCGGCGCGACUUGCGCGAGGCGGCGAGGCUGGCGCCGACGAACCGCGAGGUGCGCGAGUUGUGGUCGGAGCUGAGGCAAGCCGAGGAGCGGCGCGAGGCCGGCGGCAAGGCGUUGCUGGCCAAGAUGGGCGCCGCGGGCGGGCGGGGCGGGCUGCGCCCUCGCGUCUGGUUCGACGUGUCGGUCGGCGGCGUGCCGGCGGGCAGGAUCGUCUUCGAGCUCUUCGCCGACAAGCUGCCGCGCACGUGCGAGAACUUCCGCGCGCUCUGCACGGGCGAAGGAGGUCUCUCCCCCCGCACCGGCAAGCCGCUCUGCUACCGCGGCUCCACGUUCCACCGCGCGGCGCGCGCGCACGUGCCGCACCGUAACGGCUCGCAGUUCUUCAUCACCACAAAGGCAACGACGCAGAGCCUCGGCGGCGCCACAAUCAGCCACUUCGACUACCGCCACGUCGUCUUCGGCCGCGUCGCGUCGCGGCACGGGGUGGCGGUCGUCGACAAGAUCCAGAAGCUGCCGGCAGACACGAAGCACGGCCACCGCCUCUUUGACGCCGUGGUCAUCACCGACUGCGGCGAGGAGGCGGUCGAGGGCGCCGACGACGAGGCGGCCCGUCGAGCAGAGGCGCCGCCCCCGCCUGCCACCGCGGAGGCGGCAGAGGCGGCAGAGGCGGAGGCGGCGCCGAAGGCGUGGUUUGAGGUUGCGGCGGAGGCCGAGGCGGCCGAGGAGGCCGCGGCGGCGGCGCGGCGAGAGGCGCGAGCGGUGCCUGCGGUUGAUCCGGACGAUCACACCGUGAGCGCGGAGGUGGACGAUUAGCGGGCGCGCGCGAGAGAGACCAGAGGAGCUCUGGGUGGGGUGUGUUUCUCCACGCACGCCCACGACCAACAGUAUUGUCAUAUUGCUCUAACUAGAAAACACUC